AUGCCAGAUCUACGCCUCGAAAAGGAGGGGAAGGCAGAAAGGAGACUUUUCGAGUUCACUCUUGUCUACGGAGGCCAGACCAUCGGUUGCCCGACCCAUGUCUUGCUUGUCCUCGUCGAUCGUGACUCUCUCCCACCCACCCUCCUCCCUCCUUCCACCGACAUCUUCACCAUCAUCUGCUGUCCUCCCCACUCGCCCAUUGUUUGCCCAAGGUAUUCACGAAUCACCAACACGCUUCGUCGCAAAGCGCCAAGCAGCUUGAAUCCCGGCAGCGGUCGAGAAUUCCGCGCUCGUCUGCCUCGCACCGCAGCCCAGCCCAGCCGAGCAGCAGCAGGCACCGCACGCACCGCACGCACCGCACAACAACAACAAUCCUCCUCUCCUCUCACUCGCAUCCUCGCUGCCACCACACGACCACCCUCACCACCGCUCGCGACUGCAUUUCACCCAACCGGCAUCCCCACUACGAAACAUACCUCUACACACCACAGACAUACCACCUCCAAUCAAUCCGCCUCCCGCCGCCAUGGCCUUCCUCGCCGAUCCCCCGGUACAAGACCGCCGCCCUUCUCCCGUUGGCUUAUCUAUGAAUUUCUCCUCCAACAAUCCUUUCCGCAAUCGCGCGACAUCGCCUCUUCCUCUUCCACGCAGCGCCAGUCCGCACCAAUCCACCUUCCCGCAGCGACCGUUACAGCCAUCACAACGGCCCAUGUCGCGCAAUCCCUUUUUCGAUCCGAGCGAGCCUGAACGGGCGCCGCCUCGUAACAAGAGCGUGGUAGCCAACAACUUUGCCGGUCCCGACGACAUCUUCAGCGAGCUAUCUCUUCUGGACAGAGCCAACACGAAUGAAGCAGUCCCACGUUCGAUGAUUGACGCACCACCCUCUAUGCCUUCGAGGCCGCCUCCAAACCAGCGUCCAGCCGAGAUGAUGCCGCGCGAUCAACUACGCGGUCUGCCGCGAGGACCAGACAGCCCGCAAAAGCGUGAGCACAGACCCAGGAGAGCUUCAGAGUCGUCUAUCAUUCUGGAAAAGGAGAGACGACCGCGCAUGGAUCGUGACAGGAUGGAGAAUCGUGAGCGCACUGCAUCAGAAGAGGCGAGACGACGAGAGAGGCGAAAAGAGCGCGAGGAGCGCCAUCGGAGGGAGAAAGAGAAGGUGCGCGCUGGAGGUGGAGGAGACAAGAGGCAUAGAAAGCCUCAGGGAUUGGACAUUAUUGAUAAGCUGGACGUGACGGGUGUCUACGGACUUGGACAUUUCCAUCACGAUGGACCUUUCGAUGCUUGCAAUCCUCACCGCAAUGCAAAGCGCGACCGUCGAGCACCAAUGCAGGCGUUCCCUGCUGGCUCUGCGAACAUGGCUCUAGGCGGUGCCGGUCCCGUCUCUUCACGACUUGACCUCGACAAGUUCCACGGCCGUGGCGAGGAGAGCUUCAUGGAGUUUUCCGCAACCAAAAAGGUGGAUACCACUGUUGUGGACCCGACUAUGCGCAUAGAGCCCGUUCACGGCGAAGAGUCCUACGGUCUGGGCACAUCCACGUUCCUCGACGGAGCACCGGCAAGCAGAAAUGCCCUUCAGCGACGAGUAUCCGAGGAUCCCGCCGUCCAGCAGCAAGCUUCGGGUCUCUCCAGGAAGAAAUCCAUCGCACAGCGCUUCCGCGGCAUGUCCAGCGCUCGCCGCAACGGAUCAGGAGAAACCCGCAGUCCCGAGGCACGAUAUUUGCAGGACCAAGACAGAAGCACCAGCCCACCGAACGGUUCGAAAGCCAUCAGCGCCGGUGGACCUGUGCGAGCGCGCUACAAUAAGGAAAACGAAGUUAACCCCUUCGACAAUGACUAUGAAGCUGCGUUCGAGAAGAAGGGCACUCAAAUCCGCAUCGCUGAGCAAGAGCGACCAUCUGCCAGCCGACCGCGCGCAGGCAGCAACCCGAAUGCUGCGCUGGGUUUGACGAGGAGCCAGACUUCGGACGCCGGCUUCCCUACUGUUAAGGAUAGGACUCGCAGCAGUGGUGAGGACGACCACGAGCGUGAACGUCAGGCUUCCGCGGGUGGAGGGGGAUUCUUGAACCGGAUGAAGUCGUUGAAGGGCAGAGGACCGAGACGACCGAGGAACGAGGCUUAAUUUCAUUGAGUUGAAGAGACGUCCGAACAGAUUGAAAAGUUGACUGACCUGUCCCGGGACGGAGAAAGUUGGACGAUGUCGGAAGGAGGCUUGAUUUUUUGAAGGAGCAGGAGUGCACGCUUUUAGGCGUAUGUCUUCUCCUUGCUUGAGAUUUGGAAUUGUUCUCUUCUGCAUUUGCUUCAGAGACAUGGCGCGCUGCAUGAACUUCCGUGCAGGCACCGAUUAAGGAUCACCAAACCAAUAAAUUUCUUGAACUGAAGAAGUGGCAGUGGCCUGUUCUCCUAUUUUG